CACUCAUCACCUAUUGCAUGUACCAAGCAAUAAGUAAGUGCGAAAUGAGUGCUGAGGAAAAGCCUGUGAGUGAGGAACAUGAUGAAACUUCUUGCAGAAAAACAGUUUCGCUUCCAGUUCAAAAGGUUGAUGAUCCAAUGGGGAUUACUGAAGAAACCACACAUGUUCCUCCUCGGAAGCGACAGCAUCUUCUCCUAGAAAUACCAUCAAGAACAGAAGAGCGUUCCCAAGAUUUUGUUCAAAUUAAAAUGCCAAUGACACCAAGUCCCAAUCCUACUCCCACUCCAAAAAGAGUGAACUUUCUUGUGAGCUCUCGCUCCGUUGAUGCUCUAACAAAUAAUUCUCCUGGGCCUUCAACGUCAAGAGGCAAAUCAUCCAUAAGAAGCCUCCUUCCAAAACUGAGCUUCAGGUAUAAGGCACCGGCAGAUAUUGAAAAGGCAAAUACUGCAGCCUCAGAAGUUUCCUCUUCAGGCAUUGGAGAAAAGCCUUCAAUCUCAAGAUCAUUGUCCCUUACUAAGAUAUUUACUCCAAGGAUAAAGAGAACAUCCUCAUUACCUGUAGAUGAAAUUGGACAUUCAAACCCAGAAUCGGCUCAUGGUGGAAGUGUUGGUGGUCCUCUAAAUAAAAGAGAGGUCCAGCGAAAGAUAGCUCGUUCUCUAUCAGUGCCUGUCAAUAACAAAGAUAAAAGCAUAAGGAGGAUGGAUUCGUUUUUCCGCAUUGUUCCUUCCACUCCUCGUAUAAAGGAAGGAAAUGAAUUGCCGAAUUCAUCCCCAACAAAGGAUACAGAAAAUGAAGAUGCUGCUGACGGUGAAGAUAUAGCUGAAGAAGAGGCUGUGUGUAGAAUCUGUCUUGUUGAUCUAUGUGAAGGAGGCGAGACCUUCAAGUUGGAAUGCAGCUGCAAAGGUGAACUUGCUCUGGCUCACCAAGAAUGUGCUAUUAAAUGGUUUAGCAUAAAGGGUAACAAGACCUGUGAUGUGUGCAAGGAGGAAGUUCGGAACCUGCCUGUAACUCUGCUACGGAUCCAAAGUGUUCGAAAUCGGAAUAAUGGAUUAAAUAGGUCUCAUUUGGAAGAUGUAAAUGGAUACAGAGUUUGGCAGGAAGUCCCAGUGCUUGUCAUAGUCAGCAUGCUCGCCUAUUUUUGUUUUCUUGAACAGUUGUUGGUGGGAAAAAUGGGAACUGGUGCAAUUGCCAUAUCUCUUCCAUUUUCCUGUGUGCUGGGUUUACUCUCCUCUAUGACAUCAUCAACCAUGGUGAAGAGCAGGUUCAUUUGGAUUUAUGCAUCUGUCCAGUUUGCUCUGGUGGUUCUCUUUGCGCAUAUAUUUUACUCAGUGGUAAUGGAUUUCAUUUUUGUUGGAACUAUAUUCUUUUUACCUGUAUUUUUUCUCUUGAAAUUGAAUCCAAAUUUUAUAACAUUGUAUGAGAAACAAAUGGUUAAAUGAAUGAAGCAUUGGAUAAGUUUAUAGUAAAAUGAAAGGUUCUUGGGAAAUGUAAUGGAACGUGCCUUAUUGCCCAAGAUGGUGGCAUGGCGAUGAGUUUAAAAAUAUUUGCUGUCCAUGAUCAGGAUUUUUUGUUUAUGAAUGAAUGGCUGUAGCUAAAACAUUUUCCUCUCAUGGAUAUGCAUGACAAUGUGCAUGAAACCCCUAAAUGUAGAAGCACAAGCACUCUGACUACUAAUGCCUUUUGUGGCCCACAGGUUCAUGUGCAAGCAGUUCUGUCAAUCCUUCUUGCCACAUUUGCUGGUUUUGGUGUAGUGAUGAGUGGAAGCUCUAUUCUUGUGGAGUUUUUCAGAUGGAGGAGAAGAUUGCAGGCUUUAUCAGAGCAGCAACAGGGCUCUCAACUGAUGACACAAGCAGCACAAAAUCUGCGAACUGUAAACACCCCACGUUCUGUUUCAGGUCCUUCCAACCUCAAUCAAACUGUUGUGCAAAAUCAACAGAACUCAAACCAGAGCUGAAUUAUGCUUUUUGUGGCUUCACUUAGCACUCUAGGAGCUGCAGCUGGUUGCUUUUCAUUCUUGAUUUGAAAGAAGUAAUUGUGUAUAGAGAAUUUAACUGUGUUAGUUCACAUCACUAGACUUCAUUGUACAGCUUAUGUGUAGUGAUAGAGUGAAUUAGAAUAUAGCUUCUCAUGCUAUGAAAUUUCUGUUUAUUUCAUUUAUUUUCGUCACAUUAAAACCAGAAGGCUUCUGGCCGCCUUUUUUGUAUUCUUGAAUGAGAGAUAAUGAUUUUGUUUUUGGUCAGUGAGAGACAAUGAUGAUGAAGUCUACUUGUUAAUCUGUCUUAAGAGGCUUAUCAUUGAUGGGUCAAUGCCAAAUGUUACGAUGUAGUAAACACUUAAAUUAUAACACAUUACACGU